UGUCAGCAGAGUUUCUCAAUCUGUCACUUUACUAGGUGGAGUACGCCUGAUGGAGGGAGGGAAAAAAUAGGAUACAGGCUUCCAUGACUGCCCGACAACUCCUGUGAGCCGCCUCCCGCUGAACACUUCACCCGUCAGCGUGUGGCGACCCGCUUUUAACGCUUUUACCUGGUUACUAGGUUACUCUUGUUGUUAAUGACAACUGUGGAACGACACCCGCGCGCUCGUGUCAGGAGUUCCAAAUGCUAACCGCCGUUAGCCGCUGUCGCUGUUUCACGUAGCUAUGUCGUCUCCGUCGGACUAAAAGCUUCUUAAAGCUUCACAAUCAGCCUCGUUUGGACCGGUUUAUUGCAAAAAAACGAAGCUAUCAAAUCUGUCACAGAAACAAAAUGGGACUACACCCGCUGGAGUUCAGUGAGUGCUACCUGGACAGCCCCGGCUUCAGGGAGAAGAUCAAGGCUCACGAAGCGGAGCUGGACAAGACCAACAGAUUCAUCAAAGAGUUGUACAAGGAUGGGAAGAACCUCAUCAACGCCACGAAGCAGCUUGGGAUGGCACAGCGAAAGUUUGCCCAGUGCCUGGGAGAGUUUCAGUUUGAGUACAUCGGCGAUGCAAAGACCGAUGAUGAGAAAUGUAUCGAUGAAUCUUUGCAAGAGUUCUCCUCAUUCCUCAAGAACCUCGAAGACCAAAGAGAGCUGAUGAUGAGAAACAUCACAGAAACCUUAAUGAAACCUCUGGAGAAGUUCAGGAAAGACCAUCUUGGUGUAGUAAGGGCGGAAAGAAAGAAGUAUGAGAAAGAAACAGAGAAGUACUACAGCUCUCUGGAGAAGCUUCUGAAUAUGUCAGCAAAGAAGAAAGAGCCACAGCUACAAGAGGCAGACAUCCAGGUGGAAACCAUGAGGCAGCACUUUCAGGAGGAGUCACUGGACUAUGUGUGCAAACUGCAGGAGAUCCAGGAGAGAAAGAAGUUUGAGUGUGUGGAGCCGAUGCUGGCCUUCUUUCAGACAGUCUUCACCUUUUAUCACCAGGGCUUCGAGCUCGCCAAGGACUUUGACCAUUAUAAAAGAGCACUGCAGAUCAAUAUUCAGAAUACAAGGGGUCGAUUUGAGGGUGCGCGGUCAGAGGUGUACGAGCUAAUGAAGAGGAUCAGGGAGACACCUCAAGAAUACAGACAGACCAGCCCCAUCAGUUGUGAAGGUUACCUCUAUGUACAAGAAAAACGGCCACCUCCCUUUGGUUCUAGUUGGGUCAAACGCUACAGCACAUUUGUCAAAGAGCAGAAGAUUCUGCACAUGGUGACCUUCGACCACAGAUCUGGUGGCAAGAUUGGUGAAACAGAGUCUGUCACGCUCAAAUCCUGCCUCCGCAAAACGACAGACGUGUUGGACAGGAGGUUCUGCUUAGAACUUGACAUAACAGAUCGGCCGGGUACGGUGCUGACAGUACAGGCUCUGUCAGAGGAUGACCACAAGUUCUGGAUGCAGGCCAUGGGUGGGAAGGAAGCUACUGGGCACUUUCUUGGAAGGACUUUUUCUAAAGAAAGAGGAAUUGAUGCCCAGCUGGAUGAUGUGGGUUUGCGUUUUAUGAAGAACUCCAUCAGCGCCAUAGAGACGAGAGGUAUUAAUGACCAAGGCUUGUACAGAGUUGUUGGGGUAAGCUCCAAGGUCCAGAAGCUCCUCUCAUUAAUGAUUGAUGAGGAGAGCAAUGAAGUUGAUCUGUCUACCAGCGAGGACUGGGACGUUAAGACCGUAACGAGUGCACUGAAGCUUUAUCUGAGGAGCCUGCCGGAGCCGUUGAUGACCUAUGGACUUUACAAAGAGUUUAUUAGCCCUGCGAAGGGCGGUAGUCCAGAGUCUCGCAUCCAAGGUGUCCACUGCCUGGUCCACAAACUACCGGAGAGGAAUCGACAAGUCCUCGGGCUGCUCAUGAAGCAUCUGGCCAAUGUGGCGGCUCACAGUAAACAGAAUCUGAUGACCGUGGCCAACCUGGGCGUGGUGUUCGGCCCCACACUAAUGAGGCCACAGGAGGAGACUGUCGCCGCCAUUAUGGAUCUGAAGUUCCAGAACAUUGUGGUGGAGAUCCUCAUUGAACACAAUGAAAAGAUCUUUGCAGAUGCUCCGGAGUCGUGCCCUCUUUCACCUGCUGGCCCAGUAUUAUCUGCUCCCACAAGGCAGUCCAAGAAGCAGAGUCGACAGAAUCGGCCCCUGGCUGUCUACAAUCCACAAGCCCUAGACAUCCAGAAUGUGGGAGAUGGUUCCAGUGUAGCUACAGAUGAGACAUCAAUGGGCAGCAAUGAGUCCGUGUCGUCCCAGUCAUCGUCAGCCUCGGCCUCAGAGUUGCCUGAGAAAAGUGAACAUGUCCCACUUAGCCUCAGCUCAGGCAGUAACUCCAGGGCCCCCAUAGCAGGAUCCUCCUGGUCCACUACUGGAUCCUCAGGAGAGGGUCAACCUGAUUGUACCACAGCUGCCUCUGAAAAAGAAAAGCCAGAGGAGAGUGUCACCAGCAGGAAAGCCAAGGCAGUGUACCAAUGUGUGGCUGAGCACGACUCUGAGCUCUCCUUCGAGGUCGGCGCAAUAUUCAACGCCGUGACCGAGUCGAGAGAGCCGGGCUGGCUGGAGGGCGAGCUGGAGGGAAAGAGGGGCCUCAUCCCUGAAAACUAUGUGGAGAUGCUGUAGCCCAAACGGGAAUAUUUAUGGACAAGUUAUCACCUUCCACCAGGAAAAAAAAAAAAAAAAGAGGAGAUGCAUGUGCCUCAGCUCUGACAUUCACCUUGUGUGUCUAAAACCCCGAAUUCUCUCAAGCAAGUGACAAUAUGUGAUUACUGGUGGACCAUACUUGAUACACAAGUACAUGCAUUGUUGGCUGGCAAGUAGACUUUUGUGAUUCUUGUGGAAGCGUGUUUCUUUGUUUGAAUUUACUUUGGUUGAGCAUCCACAUGGAUGUGAGCAUUGUGAUUACAAAAUGGGUUUGCACUUACAAUAUUCUGCUGUAUACAAAGAUGCUGUCGCCUCUAAAACACCCGGGUAACUUUGUAGCAGCAGCAGAGAAGCAGCGUCUCUCUGACAAAAGGCCUCGCUCUCAGCCUCAGUUAUACAUGGUAUCCAUGAGCGCCCAAGUCCAACAGCGAUCCUCAGAAACUGUAAGGAAGAAUGUCAGCACUCACGUCACUGUAAUCAGUUUUUCGUUAAGACGUUUUUGGGUUUUUUUGCACCGAGUCCAGCAGCUUUAGACCCUCUAGACAACGAUGCACAGUUUUUUGUUUUCAGCUUUUAAACCAUUAGAGAUUAUUCACUUACCGUGCCUUAACCAUCGGAACACCCAGUGUAAAUGUAUGUACGGGUAUGUUUUGAAAAUGAAUUGUGGUGUUACUGCUUUCGCUUUUAAAAAUGUUUUAUUUUUCUUUCAUUUUAGGAAUAUUUGGAUAUUCAAAAUGAGGCACAUCGCUAUUGUAAUUUUAUUUUAUUUAAUUGGCACAUUGAUUGCAUGACUUAUGAAUUUUUAAAAACACUUUGUACCGUUUUGUUUUUGGUGCACUCCUUUACAGAAACGCAAUGAAACGCCUCUUUGAUGACUGAUGAGCCUCUCGAGUUAAACACUAGCAUCAGACAGUCAGCAGAGGUACAUUUAAAUAGGUAGUAAUGAUUGAAACCAAGUUGGGAUUUUAUUUUUGUGUCAAAUGAUCUGUUAAUUUUGUUUUUAAAGCUUAUUUUUAACGUCGCUCAGUUUCCUCUGAGCAGAGAAAUGAGACACUCCCAAAAAGCUGAAUAUUUACCAUUAUUUUAUCUUCAACGUCUUGCGAGUAAGUGAUUAGAAAUCAAAGUUUUAUUACCAAUAGGACCACAAAAUGCAGUAUUUCAAAGUUUUACAUCCAUUCAGUGUAUAUAGCCUAAAUAUUGAAAGAGUUAUGAAUGCCAAGUAUGUUUUACAAGUCUCUGUAAAGUGAUGGACAGGUUCUAAUAUGGAUUGGUUUUAGCAUGUACGCAUGUCCCAUUACAAUUCAUCCCUCAGCUGUUCAACGGGACGCUUUAAUUUUUCUGAGAGCUUUGGUUCAGCUGCAGAUUUAUAUCUUUUUCAAAGGGCCUUGACUUCUAUCACUUUUAUACCUUUGGGUAUCCUCUUGAUCAAUGUUAAACAAAUAAA